UCUCCUUCAUACGUUCAUAUCCCGCCUCUUCGUGACGUCACGCCUGUCCGUUGUGCACGAGAGACGCUCUCGCCUAAAAUUCAAUGUAGUGUAGACGUCUUGUCCGGCUCCAGCUGUCUCUAGUCUCUCCAGGAAUGAGAAGCGAUGGCCGGUUCUGCCAACGAGGAGAAAACCUUCAAGAGGUUCUUGGAGCUGUUCUUGCGGGAGAUGAGGCCACCUCUCCAGGAGGACGUACCCCUACCUAUGCGCCCCUUGACGGAUCUCAUCACGGAGGACGAGGUGGAAGGGGAAUGCCUCGACCUCUGUCUCCAGCACCUGUGUAAAUAUAAUUGCCCUUUCUCCUUGGCAUCAGCACUGGCCCGUGGUACAGCUGAUUGUAUCCUUCAAAGCGAUCUCUCCAUGUACCAUCUCAACAAGUGUGCGGAGGAUGAAAAAGAAACGCUGCCUCAGAUUGAGUCAGUGAAGCUAGCACGGUUGGUCUUUAAUAAGCUGUGCGAGAUAUGCUGUCAUUGGCUCAAAGAGUUCCCGUAUCGCCGUCGCCACUUGCCAUACUACGAAACCUCUAUCCACGCCAUUAAAAACAUGCGGCGUAAGAUGGAGGACAAACAUGUCGUCAUUCCUGAUUUCAACACGCUUUUCAAUCUGCAGGAUCAGGAAGACCAGGCAUUUUUUGCCGUGUUUGAUGGUCAUGGUGGGGUGGACGCUGCCAUCUACGCUGCCAAUCACUUGCAUGUUAACCUUGUCAGACAGGAGAUGUUCAGCCAGGACCCAGGAGAGGCCCUUUUUCAUGCCUUCAAAUUGACAGAUGAGCGAUUUGUACAGAAGGCCGCACGUGAGACCCUGCGCUGUGGCACCACAGGGGUCGUGACCUUUCUGAGGGGACGCACACUACACGUGGCCUGGCUGGGUGACUCACAAGUCAUGAUGGUGCGGAGAGGUCAACCGGUGGAGCUGAUGAAACCACACAAACCAGACAGAGAGGAUGAGAAAAAGAGGAUUGAGGCUCUGGGUGGGUGUGUGAUCUGGUUUGGCACAUGGAGGGUCAAUGGCAGCCUGUCCGUCUCAAGAGCCAUCGGUGAUUCAGAACACAAGCCCUAUAUCUGUGGUGAUGCUGACUACACCACCUUAAACCUGGACGGUACUGAGGACUACUUGAUCCUGGCCUGUGAUGGCUUCUAUGACACCGUGAAUCCAGAGGAAGCAGUGCGGGUGGUCAGUGACCACUUGCAGGAGAAUAACGGCGACACCGCUAUGGUGGCCCACAAACUAGUGGCCUCAGCCCGAGAUGCUGGGUCCAGCGAUAACAUCUCAGUAAUUGUGGUGUUCCUCAGGGACCCCCGUUUGCCCCCACCAUCAGAGGAACCUGUGGAAGAUCCAGCAGAGGAGGAGGAAUUAGAGGCCUUGCAGAGUGAACUGGUAUGUCAAGAUGGAGGGGCUGAGAAUGGAGGAAAGAAUCGGAGCGGCUGGCCACUCCAGCAGUGUUCAGCACCAGCUGACCUGGCCUACGAAGACCGCAUGGAUUCGUUUACGGACAGAACAAGUCUGAGCAUCACAGGGCCAGACCUGCAUGCAGAGACUGGCUGCUUCAGGCUCCCAGCUUCAUCAAGCCUUCCCCCAACCAGAGCCAUCACGCCAGACCUCAUACCCCCCUACAGCGGCACUGGCGCAGCCUGGCGCCCCUGCCAAGAGGAGGGCCUUUCUGGGUUCAGGCAAAAGCCCCAGCCUAAACCUCGGGUUCCUUUCUACACGCAGCCCAGCUCCGAUGGACAAUUACUGGAGGUGGUUACGCUCUUCCCCCAAGAAGGACGGAGGAAGAGGCGGCUGGAGGUUAUGCCGCUACGGAGGGAGACACAGCGCCUGAUCCGGAAGACCAGGGAAAGCCAUGGCCCUCUGAGCUGUUUCCCUAGCGUGCCCUAUCCUCUCCGGUCCCCAGAGAGGAAGCCUGGGAUAGCCUUUCCCCAUGUAACCCACAGUAAAAGGGUCUAAUCAACAACUUCCUCUCCCAUCAUACUGCCCUCCAUCACUAAGGCUUAAACACACUCAUAUUACACAACACAAGCUGAGGACACAGUAGGCAGACACACACACACUCUGUUCCAAAACCUAGGGAGCUACAUGGAUCCUUUCAAAUUCAAAAAAGCAUUGUGUUUAGCUCCGUAAAACAUAAUUCAUUCAAUACGGAAAAAUAUGAAUAAAGAUUGUUAAGUUAGGAGUAUGUAGGCAGUAGCUAGCUUACUAGGUUUUGGAACUGAGCCACAUAUUCAAACACACACAAACAGAUAGUACAUUGCUGUAACGCUUCCCCUCUCAUCUUAUAUGAGCCAGCCUACCAGAUUUCUUCAUCACUCUCAGCCAGCUUCCUCAUCCUUAAAACACUCUUAUCUGCUCCAGUUUUAUUUGUGUGUGUGUGUGUGUGUGUGUGUGUGUGUGUGUGUGUGUGUGUGUGUGUGUGUGUGUGUGUGUGUGCGUGUGUGCGUGUGUGCACGCGCACAGAAGGGAAAACAGAGUUGUGUAAAAACUGUCCUAACACUUUUCUCUGUGUACCCAUACACAUAUGUGUAUACAGUAGUUCAAAUGUCACAAUAGGUGUAAUACCUUUUAUCCAGCAGGUUAUUGCAGUCAGCGGGAAAAUGACUGAAUUUCAGUACUUAUAUCUAACUGAUAUCAGAGUCAAGAGACAUGAUACAGCUUUUGUUUGCUAAAGCCCUUUUUUAAUGUUCAGACACUAUAUAUCAGAAUUUUCUUUAGGUUUUUAUGUUUUUUUUUUUUUUAAGGUAAGGUAAAAAGAUGGAUUUUUGAAAUUACAGUUUAAGAUUCAUGCGUGAUUUGUCACUUUUCUAUUUUAAACUAAAAACUAACUGGUUUUCGUUGCUGCAAUGGCAAAAUUAUUUAUUUUCAAACAUUCGAUAAUGAUAGAUAGAAAUAACAUAACAUUACUGUCAGACAGACAACAUCCGUUGCAUUACUAACGAUCACCUAGGUUCUGCUGUUACAGUUUGAGGGAGAGCAGUUUAUAUAGUUGUUUUUGUAGAUGAGCUAUUAAACAUAUCAGAUCAAAUUUAAAUAGAGUACAUUGUCUAGACAUAUUCCAUUAAUAUUCAGUUUUCAAAACCAAAGAAUAAUGGACAUGACAGAGUAUUUAUCAGGAGGCACAAUACCAUCCGUAGAAAGGAUAUGUGUUCUAUUUCAAGUGGUGCAUCUACAGAGUUAUGCUUUUCAAAGAUUUCAGGGAAAAUUAGUCUGAGAAAUUGAUCAUAUUGAGUUCAAAAACAAAGCUUUUUGGCCACAUAUCUCAAAUCUUGACAAUGGCUAUUUUAGAUCUGUUUAAUUAAACUAUGAUCUGUUUAACUAAACUUGCAUGGGAUAUGAAAAUGUAGCUCUAAAGGAAUAAAAAGAGCAGGAGAUCUCUUUAUGGUUGUAUUUGAAGUGGCCCUUAGGUGUUGAGGACAUAAAUAGUGUAGUUCAAGCAGCUCAAUGUGUGUCCAUUUUCUUAACAUUUUCUUCUGCAUUUUCUUCCCUGUUUGACAGAAUGGGAAGUAAAUAGAAAGUAAAUCUGAUCACUCUUCCACUAGUCUCUUUAUUGGGAUUCAUAUUUUUUUGGAUACACUUUACUAAAAACUUGUGAUUUUUCAGCCACCUCAAAUGGUAAGAGUCCUUACCCAAUCUCUAAAAUAAAAUUCAAAUAAAAAUGUAAACGAGUAUAGUGAGGGACUCACUAUAUUAUAAAAAAAAAAGAAAAGGUGUCAGCUGUCUCUCAGUCACUGAUAUCAUGGCAUCACGAUGUAUAGAAGUAAAAUGCCUUGGAAAUUCAGUAAGGAACAAUUAGCUUGAAGGAAUGUUCCAAGUUAAAUACAACUUAAGAUCUAGCGAUUAAUAUCUGUUGAUUAUGACAAAAAAGUUGACACAGAAAUAUGUUUACAGUAAUGCAGUGGCAAUCACAACCUAGUACGCAAGUGGGUAGCACUUAAUAAAUGUUUAAAAUAUGCAUUUAUCACAUGGUUUUGAAAGUUUAACCAUAACACUUAAGUGAUAGAAUCACAGUUUCAAACAUUUAACCAUAACACUGAAGUGAUAGAAUCACAGUUUCUAAAGUUUUACCAUCAAAGUUUCGAAAGUUUAACCAUAACACUUAAGUGAUAGAAUCAUGGUUUCGAAAGUUUAACCAUAACACUUAAGUGAUAGAAUCAUGGUUUCGAACAUUUAACCAUCAAAGUUGGUCAUGAUCAGCUUUACUGUUCUUCUGACUACUAAUGCUGCAAACCCUAUAUUCUUUCUCUCUUCAACUAUAAUUAGAGGAAUGACUUUUGCCAUUGCUACCGUGCCAUUGCACUGAUCAGUUUCCUUGUAUUUCUUUCUAAUUUUGGUGGAGGUCAGCUUCAAUCCCACAUGUUCAUUUGGUUUACCAAGACCCUCCUAAAAUAUAUCUGACACCAGUGUCCCCUUCUCAGAAAGGGGCUUGAAUCUGAUCUUGCAUCAGUGACCUAGGUAAAAGUAGAGAAGUUGAACUGCUGUAGUGCAUCUUAACUGGUUCAGAAUGUAAAUCCAGAUGCAGAAUGUAAGUGGAACCCCCCUCCCCCCCUUAGUUCUUCAUGGAGAAUCAAUUAAACAUUUAGCCCACAUUAAAGAUGCCCAGACUGUUUGGAAUGUAUGUGAUUCUUUUCGACCAACAUCCAUUUUUAACCUGGUUUUAAACCCUUGUAACUGUUUUCAACAAUUCGGAGCAUGUUGAAAAUGUCACCGGCUGCCCUGCCGACUGUAUCAUGCCUCAUAAAUCUGAGAUCUGCAGAAGGAGAGGAAAAUCUUGCCCAAGGCUUUCUAGAUUGAUUGAUGGCUAAAGAUUGUCCCUGUCCCAAAAGGUACCCUCAACCCUUGUGGUCCUCUUGGAGUCUAGACUUUACUGCAUGAACUAGGUUAUUGUCUGCUGUGAAAUCCAGUGCGUGCUUAACAACAUAGCAGCUGCAAUGAUUAAAUGGGACCCUCUACAGUCAAGUGGACUGCAUGGAUGCACACAAGUGAAGGCUACUAUACCAUAAGUCCUUCAAGUCUGCCAUUUGUGACAGGGCUAUUGAUGACUGAUUGAGUGCAGCACUCAAGACAUGGACCUUACAAAGAAGCUGCACUAUAAAUGAUGUGUGCUGUCUAGAUUCAGAGAUAACCUUCCCCUUUUGCCAUCACCAUCAUGUACAAUCACUGCCUACAUCCCACUACCACCUAGUAUGGGGCACAAAUUAUAUAUUCGAAGUGUAGUAACUUACAUAUAUUGUAUACAUGUAUGUGCGUUUUAAGAGUAUGCAUGGGUGCGUGUAAUAUUUGGGAUGUGUAUAUGAUGUUUGUCUUAUAAAUGUGCUAUUUUUUUCACCACUGAUAACUCAGAUGUCUGUAAUUCUUUUCAGUAACCCUCACCCCGCUUCCUUUUCGGCACACUAAAGAACGUACUUGAAGCAUCACUGGAAGCACGCAAGUCUAACAGAUGAAACAUAUGUUGUCUGUUAUACAGGCUCUCAAGAAGUUGUAUUCAUGAAGUACCAAUGGUGCAAGUGUUGAUGAGUUUGCCAAGUCAAGGACCAAAGUUCCAGAUGGUUCAUUUCAAUGGUCGAGUACAUGAUGCUCUCAAAAGAACAUCUCUUUUUGUCUUCAUGUACUCUUGAGCCUUGGCCCCUAUGGAUUGUUAGACAUAGUGUUUCCCAUUUUAUUGAAAGCCGCGAGAACCGCGUCAGAGAUGCACUCUACCGAUGGUUAGCCCUCCUCACUUGAUGUUACUGCUUUUUGUCCAUGUGCUGUUCAGUACUGUUUUUUUUCUGCUAGCAAUAAUGAACCUACGCAAGCCAUGGGUGAAGAGAGCUCUUUAAAUGGCUCGUCUUCUCUAAAGCAAAUGUGAGGAAGGGUUUAAAGGAAACUAGGGGGUGUGGGGGACAUAUCUUAAAAAAGAAACCUAUGUUACUGAUGGUCAUCACUGUAUUCUAUUAAACCUGUGUUGAGAUACCACUGCUGUACUCUCCAGUUUUGUUCUAUUCAUGAGAGAUGUAAUGCAAUUUUUAUUGUUUGGUGACUCACAGUCUUACUUUGCCCACAGUUUAUACUAUGAGAAUAUAUGCUUUCUUAUAAUUUCUCUGACUGGUCACAGAUAUUUUGGUCUUGCAGCAA